AUGCCGCUUCUGAAGAAACUGAUCAAGUCUCAGUUUAACAUUUUGAAGAAAGAUCUUAGAGUUACGUGUGCUAACAAGGCUGCUUACGAAGAGGGCGCAGUGGUCCUUUUACACAGACUGGAGCUUCUAGAAAUAUCUAGUAAUACCAAUCUAACAUUUGAUUCAAUUACAAAGGGACUUAGACAGCUGAAUUCUCCAAAUUUGCAGGUGUUUAAUAUAAGUGGUAACCAUAACACCGAGGAUCUUCCUGGAGCGUUUAUUAGAAAACCGAUGUUUGAGCUUCUUUCUAACACUUCCUUGAAAAUUCUAGACGUCAGUUGGACCAAACUAACAACAUUGUUGGCACCAUUUGACUUAAUACCUCACCUCGAAACACUUAAUAUAUCAGGAAGACAUAUCGCAAUUAACUUGAAGGAUAAUGCAUUAGAAUGUGACUGCCAGCUUACUGAAGAUGUAAACGUAUCAACAACACCCUUCAGUUGUAGCUUUGAAGGUGAAAAUAUAUUGAUCAGUAAAAAUAUUGCUCAUGCAUUCGUACAAAAUGUUUGCGCUGAAGAAGAUGAACGUAAUUUGAUGACUUUGUUGGGUGCUAUGUGUGGAGUACUGGGAGCAGUUGCAUUGCUUAUCGUGGCAGUUGUGAUUUAUAGAAAAAGAAAACAUUCUGCUGUCAAAGACACAGAUCAACAAAACAUACCUGUCAUAAUUCAUUUGAAAGACUGUGAGUCAAUGGAAGAGUAUCCUCACAGAAACCCAAAGUUUGUCGUAUUCCUUGCAUAUUGUUCCAAAGAUUCCGAAUUCGUCCUAAAGAAAAUUUACAGAAAAUUAAACAAUAAGUUAUUAAAGCUGUUGGAAGACACUGAAUAUGUAAAAGAUCCAGAUCAUUUAAUUAUUCUAUAUGAUAAACAUUUCUUAGCAGGAGUAGAUAUUGAUGAAAUUUGUCGUAAAGCAAUUACAGAAAGUCAUGUGACUGUAGCUGUAGUAACUGAAAAUUUUCUAGAAAGUUCAUGGUGUAAUUAA